UGAUGGCGGACAACUCUGGUAAUACAAACAAAGGAAAUGUUAUCAACAAAACCGUGUCAUGAUUCUACCAAACUCCAAAAAUAACAUUUAUGAGAUAUGACUACUUGGUACACGUCUGACACGAGUCCUUCAGGGCCAAGUAAUUUUAGCUAUUAUCCGUCUGACGAAUAUGGUCUCCCGCAGUCGCAGUACGAAACUUCAAGCCACAGUUCUAGAUUGAUGAAGUUACCUUUGAGUUCAACUGAGACAGCGAGACGACGAAGUGUUCAUGCAGAAAAGACCUCACCACAGGACAAUAAGGCUGACUUUGUUCACGGUGACUCUGCUUGGGGAACUGGAACGUACAGGAAAGUCAGGCAAAAUGGUGGAAAUUCUCGUUUUCCAAGAAUCGAGGACAUGCCACAUUUCCAUUAUGACUUUGUGGAUCUUGGUGAGCAGGUGAAGGUUGGUCUUUAUACAGACAACGGAGGCGACAAACGAUACCAUAAUGGAACUGCAGAGGAAGGAACGCUGCUGGUUAACGUUAUAUGCCGAGGAAAGUCAUGGAUCUUGACGAGGACGGUCGGUAAUUUGAGGCUCCUUGAUCGCGCACUUCACAGGUGCUUAUUCGACAGAAGUCACAGCAAAUUGAAGUCUCUCGCACGCCUUCCCGAUAGUGAAAAGUUUUGCCGAAGCGAAGAAUGCUUUCAGGUGGUACAGGAUUACCUGGCCAGAUUAUCCGAGCUUGCUGAUGAUGCUAUGAACUGUAGUGCAGUAUUGAACUGGCUCGAGCUUGAUAACCACGGAAACCACACGCUUCUAACAGACGAAUCACCGAUCAACGUUCCAGGAAUAGCGGCUGCUCACGUAGUCAAACGAUACACCGCGCAAGCCGUGGACGAACUCUCUCUUGAGGUUGGAGGGAUCAUCUCUGUGAUUGAUAUGCCCCCUGUCGAUGAAAGUUUGUGGUGGAGAGGAAAACAAGGAUUCGAGGUAGGAUUUUUUCCAAGCCAGUGCGUUGAAGUAAUUAGUGACAAGACGGACGGUAAUACCCCCCUGUCAGGCCACGCGGCCCCCGCAAAUAUGACGCCAGUUGCAAAGAAGCGAGGUAAAAUUGUGUCUUUCUUAAGACUGUUUCUAUCCUCGCGCCCAUCAAAGGCACGGCUCCUGCAGAGUGGUAUUCUAAAGGAACGGACAUUUGGCUGCGACUUAGGCGAGCAUUUAGUGAAAACCAACCAGCAAGUUCCUCAGGUGCUUGUGAAAUGUGCUGAGGUGAUCGAGAAGAGUGGUAUCGUAGAUGGAAUUUACCGUCUGUCUGGCAUGUCUUCCAACAUUCAGAAACUUAGAUUGGCGUUUGAUGGGGAAGAACCACCUGAUCUUCUAAAAGACUGUUACAUCCGGGACAUUCAUUGCAUCAGCUCACUGCUCAAGAUGUAUUUCAGAGAGCUACCUAACCCGUUGCUGACUUAUCAUCUCUACGACAAGUUUGUGACCGCCAUCCAUAUUUCUGACGAACUACAACGUCAGAUUGCUGUCCAUCACGUGGUCCAGCAACUUCCUCCUCCCCACUAUAGAACACUGGAGUACUUGCUACGUCACUUGUCACUUGUCGCCUCGUUUUCGCCCCAGACUGGUAUGCAUGCGAAGAACCUGGCGAUAGUGUGGUCACCAAACCUCCUUCGACCCAUGUCGCUUGACAGCGGAGGUGCGGCCCUAUUGCAAGUUAAUGUCCAAGCUGUUAUUGUGGAAUAUCUUAUUAAGAACGUUAAGGUGUUUUUCGACGAGAAGGCGGCUGCCGCCGCUAUUGUGGCAAAUCCGCGGUUUUCUUCAGGUUCUUGGGAAAGACAACAAAAGGUUGUUGCUGAUUCAGAUAUCGCCGGCGCUCCUUCCCUUGGUCCACGAAUGGCUUCGCUGUCCAUUUCCCCUCCUACGAAACUGAUAUCGCUGGAAGAAGCCCGGGCACGUGCUCAGACCACGCCUUCCAGACCCAUGGGGAGACUUAUUCGAGCCAAGUCGGUAGAAGAGCCCCAUCGGGUUGAGACCCCCGUGUACCGGACGUCAGUGGAGGUUCCCGCAAGACGAAAAACAAGUGAAGGAUCCAUGAGUGGACGCAAAUGGAAGAAUUUCUUCACUCACAAAGGGAAGAAUUUAGAGGCUGUACCGUCAGUGGCAAAAGUCCAGGAAACAAGCCAAGGGACAUAUUUUACCGUCAUGCGUGAGCCCCGACCUCAGCGAGAGGUUGGUGUGGAAGUGCGCCAAGCACAGAGCGCAGAGAACGUCAGUGAGGUCUCUAUUGACUCCCAACCGCGGCCUGCUGAGGCCAGACAUGUACGCCGUGAUGUAAAUCAUACUGGGAGGGAGAUAACAACUCCUGUCCACCAACCGGUUACCAUAUCAUUCACUCAUCAACCUGCGCGACAACGCACACAAACGGCAAAGGAGAUGAAUGUUACAAGACACCAUCCGGUAUUAACAAAGUUCAAACGUGUGUCAUCCGAUCAAACUGUCUUUUAUACAAAAGUCGAAUAUCAUCCCGUACGGACCAAUCAUCGAAGAGCAUCUACGGGUGGCGAGGAGCUCGAGAUCUCCACCUUACGGAGAAGAGAAAUUCAACCCUCCGAGCAUUCCCGGCCCAUGUCCCAUUACGACAAUCGUCCGCGGUCGGUUUACGAUAAUGAACCGACCCCUCAUCGAUAUUCCACGCCGGUUUUCUCACAGAAUUGCCACACGAUAACCGAAGAACAGCAUCGCUACUCGACGCCAGCAAACAUGGGCACUCCUCCCAUGAAGAAACCAUCCAGACGUAGGCUCUCGGAUCAGCAGAUUGCCAUCACUGGAGCGAGGCUUGCGCAUACCUCUGUGGUACCUUGCUCAAACAGUAGUAGGCCAAUGCACUAACAGAGAUGGCCAAAAGGCAACAACUGCAGUUCACUGUCUCGUGACAUCCCGGUCGUUUAACCCGCUAUUUCUAAACCGGUAUUUGUUUUAGAAUACUCGUGGCUUCAUGCUGUUUUCUUAUUUUAGUGAAACGCAGAAGGCUCUAUUUCUGUCGGGAAAAUUACUGGAAACAAGCAUCUUUUUAGUCUGCCGUAUUGCCAUCGAGGAUUGGUGGAUUUCGGGGCGAUUUUUGCUAAUCAUAAAUUUAACAAUCUCUUAAAACGAGAUAAACCUGAAAAAAAAAAAAAAGAGAGAGAAAAACUCCUUCGUGGACAACACCUUUGUCUUCAGUCACAAUACUAUGAAUUUUCCUUGAAGUUUACACUUAAGUCGUACUAUUGGAAGCAGUGACUGAACCAGAUUAGAAGUAUGCUACGAUAACUUGGAGUUAGUUUCAGCUGCCUUGGAUGCAACUGAACCCUUAAAGCCAAGAAAGUAGGAAAAUUUGAAGGCACGCAAUGAAACAUCAUUUCAAUCUGAUAUUUUUUAUUUAUGUGAAAAGAUAUUUUGGUGUCUAAAUAAGAUAUAGUGUUUUAAUAUAAUUUGGAAGUGUUAAUAUUUGAAGAGUUGAUAACAGUAUUAUUUUGGCCCUCCCCGUUGAAUAUCUAAGUGUAUUUUUAUCCUUCUUUUUGAGCCAUCCCAUUAUUUAAUAAUAUUGUAUUGACGGGGAUUCGUGUUCCAAAAGAGCUUAAGAUUUUUUAUUCAUAAGUACUGUAAAAUACUCUUAAAUUAUUGUUUAAAUGCUCACUCCGCAAACUUUUAGCAUGAUAUUGCACUUUCAUCAGUCAGCUCUUGUAAAUUAAGCUAAAUGAGCUGAUCAAUAAAACACCUAUGAGAAGAGAGAUUCAAACUUAA